UCAGAUCAGGGGCAAAAAAAUACACAAACUUCUCUCAGUUUCCAUUUUUGCCUUUCACUGCAAAGGAAAAGUAGUAAAUAAAACCAGAAAAAUUCAAAAUUUGUUUUAUAAAAAAUAUAUAAAAACAGAAAAAGAAAAUAAAAGAAAAUCAGCUCCUUCCAUUUCUGAGCCUCUCCCUAUAUAUUCCUCACACCAGACUCCACAAAACUUUCUCUCACUCUCUUUCUCUCUCCAAAACAAAACAACCCUUUUCUCUCGCUAGAAUUUAUGUUUGUAUAAAUAAAUUUGCAAUUUUGUUUGGUGACUGAAUUUGCAUUAGCUGAUCAAAAAAUUGAAACACAAAUUAAAAGAACUAGAAGACGAAGAAGAAGAGGGCAUAUUGUAGAGGAGGAUGAACAUGCCCUCUAUUUAUAUUCUCAUUAUGCCUCCUCUCAGAUCUUAAAUUAUCAAUUUUGAUGAGAUUUACCGUCUGGGUUUUUCUUUAAUCAGUGGAUUCUGUUUGAUUGAUUCUAGAUUGUUGGUUGGCUGAUUGAUCGUUGAAGGAUCUGUUAAGUUUUUGACUUUUGUGUCAAACGAAAAUAUAGGAGUUUUGUUGUGUGUUUUUUCUUAAUUGUCCGAAUAAAGUGUGAAAUACGUCUACUGAAUUGAAGCAGGUGCUUGAUUGUCUAAAAAGAGAUUAAAGAGGAAAAAAAAUGCAAUCUGAUAGUGGCAAGCUGUUCAUUGGGGGAAUUUCAUGGGACACCGAUGAAGAACGGCUCAAGGGCUAUUUUCGAUCUUUUGGGGAGGUGGUGGAGGCUGUGAUAAUGAAGGAUCGCACCACAGGGCGUGCCCGUGGAUUUGGUUUUGUUGUAUUUGCUGACCCAGCUGUUGCAGAGAGAGUCAUUAAGGAAAAACACAGCAUUGAUGGCAGAAUGGUUGAGGCAAAAAAGGCCGUUCCUAGGGAUGACCAGAAUAUUCUGAAUAGAAACAGUGGUGGUAGCAUCCACAGUUCUCCCGGUCCAGGGCGUACAAAAAAGAUUUUCGUAGGAGGCUUAGCAUCCACAGUCACAGAAAAUGAUUUUAAGAAUUAUUUUGACCAGUUUGGGACCAUCAUAGAUGUUGUGGUGAUGUAUGAUCAUAACACACAGAGGCCAAGGGGAUUUGGGUUCAUCACUUUUGAUUCUGAGGAGGCAGUGGACAAAGUUUUGAUGAGGACUUUUCAUGAACUGAAUGGAAAAAUGGUUGAGGUCAAGAGAGCUGUUCCCAAAGAGUUAUCACCCGGUCCUAGUCGCAGCCCACUUGGUGGAUAUAAUUAUGGUCUAAAUAGGGUUAAUAGCUUCCUUAAUGGCUACACUCAGGGAUAUACUCCAGGUACAGUUGGAGGCUAUGGACUUAGGAUGGAUGGCAGAUUCAGUUCAGUUGCUGGUGUCCGAAGUGGUUUCCCUCCAUUCGGUUCUGGUUAUGGAAUGGGUAUGAAUUUUGAGCCAGCAUUGAGCCCUAGUUACGGGGGCAAUGCAAAUUUUAAUAGCAAUCUCAGCUAUGGGCGGGGAAUGAAUCCUUACUAUAUUGGUAAUACUAAUAGCCUUGCUAGACCUAUAGGAUAUGAUGGAGGUAAUGGAGGAAAUACUUCAUUUUUCAGCUCGGCAACAAGAAACUUGUGGGGAAAUGGGGGGCUAAAUCAUAACUCCAACUCUACAAGUUCAAAUGCAUACAUGGGAUCUGGAACUGGAAGCCUUGGAGGAAGCACCUUUGGCAACAGUGGGGCUAAUUGGAGUUCUUCAUCACUUCCAGUUCAAGGUGGAGGAAAUAAUGUUUCUAAUAGCAAUCUGAGUUUUGGGUAUGGAAGUGGUGAAAAUAGUUUUGGUUUGGGCAUAGGUAGUUAUGCAAGAAACAGUGGGAACAAUGUGGGAGCAACAAUAUCACAUGCUGCAUCAAAUGGUAGUUUUGAUGGAGCAUUUGCUGACCUUUAUGGUGGUAGUUCAGAUUAUGGGGACCCCACUUGGCAGUCAUCAAAUUCUGAGCGAGAUGGAUCUGUUUCCUUUGGUUAUGGUCUUGGCAAUGCCACUUCUGAUGUUCCAGUCAAAACUUCCCCUGGUUAUGUUGGUGGUUAUAGUGUUAAUAAGAGACAGUCAAAUAGAGGAAUUGCUACCUAGCUGGAUCAUUUCUGUUAUCACGAAAUAUUAGGUGGAGAUAUUCUGGUGACCAGGUGAAUUGUGAAUUUCGCACAUCCUCUCAUUAGCAUAUUUCAGUUAAAACAAAUUGGUUAUCUAGAGCUAACUGGAGUGCCUGCUCUGAAGAAUUAAAUUUAGGGAUAGAAGUUAUAAGGGAUUUUGUGUCAAGGAUCGAGUUUUGAGUUACAUUUUAGGUUUUUCUUUUCUUGUUCUUUGAUUGAGAUGUAAAAUCAGCUUGCGGGAUAUAGUCAAACUGCAUCAAUGCAUCUCCGGUGAGGCUGGCGAUACAAAAAGAUUUAGACUUUUUUUUUUUUUUUUUUACUCCCUAGUUUUUUAUGCCCUGUAAUUUCUGGCUAAGUUGUGGAUUUUUCAGCCAUGUCUUGUUCUUCCUACUUCCCAUUGAUUGGGAUCGUUUUUCAGCAGAUUGUACCCCAAAUUCUUGUUGAUUUUACUAGUGUGAAACGUUUAAGGGAUACCCAUCUAGGGUCCCCACGAAUAAGUUGCCACA